AUGUGAUUGACAAUUAAAAAUUAUUGAUUAUUGCCAAGGCAUGCACACUCAAGUGGUGACACAUCUGUGCAUUAUUUUAAUAUCUGCAGAAAGCAUUCUCUAAAGCAUGAGUGGUCCAGAAAAGGAGGAUUCGGGAAGGGUAAGGCUUUAAUUUGUGUAAUUUGGAAUAAAAAAAUUAUUUACGUCUGAAUUAUUCUUACAUCAAAAAGUAUUUAA